UUGGGUAUAAAAAGGAUGUUUGUAUUCCCCUCAGCUCUUCUUCGUACACAACAAGAACAGACACUCUUCCCACUCUGGUUCCUCUGAUCCUCUGAUCCUCUGAUCCUCUGAUCAACAUCGCCCUUCAAGAUGAAGCUGUCUACUCUCCUCGUCAGCGCCUGCUACAUGGUCGCCACGGCCUUUGCUGCCCCUCCGGUUCAGUGGGAACGUCUCGACAAGGACAAUGCGCUUUUGGUCAUCCUUGAUCUCCAGGUCGGCUUGUACGGUCUCGCGCGCGACUGGGACCCGACCCUGUACCGCGACAACAUGAUGGCCCAUGCCCAGAUUGGCAAUCUGUUCAACAUCCCCACCAUCAUGACUACCUCUGCCCAGCAAGGCCCCAACGGUCCCCUGCCCAAGGAGAUCCUCGAGGCGUACCCCAAUGCUACUCUCAUCAAGCGCCAGGGUGAAGUCAACGCCUGGGACAACGAGGAAUUCCGCAACGCUGUCAAGGCUUCCGGCAAGAAGCAGAUCAUCCUGGCUGGCAUCACGACCGACGUCUGCACCGCUUUCCUCGCUCUCUCCCUGCGCUCCGAGGGAUACAGCGUCUGGGCCAACAUCGAAGCCUCGGGAACCACCACCCCUCUCAUCCGUGAUGCUUCCAAUGACCGCAUGCAGAACGCGGGCGUCCAGCUCGUCAGUACCUUUGCUAUCGUCUGCGAUCUCAUGCGUGACUGGCGCAACACCCCUGGCGCCGCCCAGCUCAUCCCCUGGCUCGACAAGUACUAUCCUGCCUAUGGCUUCGUUGCCCGUGGACAUCUUGCCGCUAUUGAGAACGGAACCGUUCAGCCUGGCGAGGCCGGCCUUGUUUAAAGCGCUGAGCCGGUGUUUUCUUUCUAGGUCUAGGAGACCAGGCCGGGGGGGGGAAUGUGAACACCUUUUACGGCACUUCGAGAUUCAAGCUAGUUCCAGCAUUAUGUUAUUUACCGCUUAUGCUUAUGUAGAAGAGGCUUAAUAAUAUCCAAAUAAUUUGC